GAUACACCCACAUUUUUUGCUGCGUACGGUGUGUUGUUAGAUUACGUUAGCUUUUGGAAGUGCGCACAGUUUAUAGGUAACUUACAUGCAAGCUCAGCUCGGGCUGCGGCACUUUGGAUGUUCCAUAUAAAAACCUUGGUGGCUUACGAUAUAGGUCGCAGUUUUACGGUGUAAUGUACUAGCAAAUGCUGACAAAGUUACGCAGAAACUUAGCAUUAGCAUUCUAUAGGUAACGUUACUUUACCUAGCCAGGACAGUAAGACAAAUUACCAGGGGCUCUUAUGCCAUACCUAAUAUAUUCUUAUUAGUCACAAGUUUGAAGUGUUGCGUUAGCAAACGGGAAGGUAACUAGUUGUCUAGCUGCUGUUAAUUACCUAACGUUAUACUCUCCCAUUACAUUGGGCUAGCAGUUAUACCUAGCUGGUUAGCAUCCGACAUAAAAAUGGAAGACAACGGUAUAUCAAUCAUAAGCAAUCCAACAGUGGCAAUUCGUUUGACUAGCACUCUUUCUGAGUUCGAGUCAAAUCGUCGAUUCAAUCGGGGAAUCACAAUUGCAGAAUUCAAGUGUAAGUUGGAGAUGGUGGUAGGCAUUCCAUCAUCUUGUAUGGAACUCCAGCUGUUCAGCACCCAAGACAAGUUCCUGCUGAAACUCGAGGACAGUGAUGCUCUCUUAGGCUCGUACCCUGUGGAUGAUGAUUGCAGGAUACAUGUGAUUGACCGCAGUGGAGGUCAGAAUGAGUUCAGCGAUCUGUCCAAAGUUGAGAAGUUUGAGCUGCCAGAUGACGCCUAUGAAAAGAGAAAUGACUCAGCACGCUCCUUCUUGAAGAAGAAGAAGCUUGGCCGGUUUAAUGAAGAGCAGCAAGCGAAACAAGAAGAACUGAAGGCGGCAACAGAGGAGAAGGAGAAAGCUGCAUGUGCCAACAUCACCACCGGUAGUAGAUGCCAAGUCACAGUUCUCGGGCAGCCUACAAAGCUCGGCACUGUGAUGUAUGUAGGAACGGCAGACUUCAAACCAGGCUCGUGGGUAGGAGUCAAGUAUGAUGAGCCACUUGGAAAGCAUGAUGGCAGUGUGAAUGGGAAACGGUAUUUUGAAUGUGAGCCGAAGUAUGGUGCCUUUGUGAAGCCCACAUCAGUGACUGUUGGAGAUUUCCCAGAAGAAGACUAUUUGGAUGAGAUGUAGGUCAGGAAUGAUCACAUAUCCAAACCAUCUGGCAGAGGAGUUGUUUGCAUGGAGGGAUGGACUUUGUUGACAGGAGUUUUGUAUUGCGGCUGAGAAAGCUUGAUAUGUAACUGUCAUUGUAAGUGAUUUUGUUUUCCUUUGUUUUGCUGGUCAAGAGCUACCCUUGUUAUAACAGAAAUAAAUCUCAAUACUUUGGAAUAAGAUGAGGUCUGACCCUGUGACAAGUGCACAUUUCUUUAGAAACCUAAAUCUGGCAACACGGUAAUAAUAGUAGAGCUGUGGCCUUUUCUGAUUAUCAAAAAUAAGUCCGUCUGAAUCUGUUCACAAUUAAUAAUAAUUACACCUAAUAAAGCCCUUGUGUUAAUUUUCAGAAUCUAUUUUCUGAAAGUGAAUUGGUGAGAGGGUAUCAGCAGAAUGGGUUUCCCCCCCCCCCCCCUAUUAACCAAUGUUCGAUGUCCUGAACGUGUGGGCAGAACUGGUGGAAAAAAAUUUGCCACCCUGAAAAUGCCCCCAUCCACUACAGUGAAAUUGGGGUUCUUUGCAUGUUCCUCUAGGCCCCUUCCUCUAUAUCUCUGGGUAAGCUCUAAAGCAACCUUUCUUUUGGAGUCCUCAAAACAACAUGAGACUUCAUGAUGUUCAAGGCAAGCAUGAACUAUGUGCAACGAAGACGUAACAUUAGUUGUGUUUUUGCGUGCUUGUUUAGACUGUGAACAGUAAGUGUUCCACAGAAAAAAAACAUGCAAGAUUCAUAAGGAAGCCUGCCCUGAUGUGUCCUUUUAGAGUGGAACAGAACUAGUUGAUCUGUUUUUACCUUCUAAUUGUGUCACAAGGAUUACACUUUCCGUUCACUGAUUCAAUCUUCUGAAACAUGCAAGAACUGUAAUCAGAUUUGCUCAGAAUUUUGAUCAGGGAUACGAGUUGUCAAUAUCAACGUGAGCAUGAUGGCUCGCCUUUGUGAGGCUCAUCACAUGAUUUCUAAGAAUUGCACCACUACAUUUAGUUCCCAAAUAUACCAUCCCCUCCCCAAACCAGUUAGGGUUUUGUUCUGCUCUGUCUGCAGUCCAGACCUUGGCUUACUGUAGAGUUGGUUCGGCUACAUAAUUCAUUAACUUUUAUGAAUGUGCGCUAACUAUCCAAUGAUCAUAUUCAUGCUGCUGCUGUAAGGCAGUCAGAUUGAUGAGCUUCUACAUGCUCCCCAUUUAGCACUAAGAUUGAAACAGGCCUCACUGACAGUGUUGGUGAAUGAACGUGGCACAGUGGUAACGUCAUUAAUAAAAAGGACAAAUGUAUAGAGUAAAUGUUUGUUCUACUUUUAGAAUAGUAAGCUCAAACCCAUGCUCUGAUUUUGGUGAUACAUGACUAAUUUUUUUAUUGAAAAUGUAUUCACAUCAACUUGCACUGGGUCUUUUUUGUACAUGAUUUGCCUAUGUAAGUUAUUUGUGUUUUGAGCUCAUUUGUCUACAUAAUCAUCUGUCUCAACCCUGUUAAUAUCUUAUUUUCUUGUCAUUGCAAUUAAAACAUGGAACAUGCAA